AUGCCGCAUCUGCGUCUGGCAAGUGAGAUCGAGUUCCCGGAUGGCCUGCUCGACGGGCAGAUGCGGGACGAAUGGCAGUCGCUUAUGGCGCUUGGGAGCAAUGUUCGCCAGAACCUGCGAUUGCGCCCGCUGAGCUCUGGGGGAGAUGAGGUCGAGUGCGAGCGACCGUCGUUUCUGUCGCCGACGAUGCCCACCACGACCACGACCAAUGGAAUUGCAGCGGUACUCGGCCCGCAGGGGAUUGACUUGACGGCGGUGCUGGGGAUGCGCGACGCGCUCGUGAUCGACACGCGGCCACCCGAGGCAUAUGCAGAGGCCCAUGUGCCAGGCAGCAUCAACAUGUUCUUCCUGUCGCUCAAGCUAAAGCGACUGCUCAAGCCUGGAGGACUUUCGGACAUGACGGGGUUGAAGCCCUACAUUGCCUCUGAGGCUGGGCGAGCGACGUGGGACGAGCGCAUCGAGCACUGGGACCACGCUGUAGUUGUACUCGACAACGACAUGGACCCAAAGAACACGGGCUCACAACUUGUCUCGCUCAUCCAACAUCUUCCCGAUCUGUGCAAACGACCCUCGGCUCGUCCCAACUUCCGCAUCGCUCUUGCAAUCCCCCGAUGCCCUCUCCUCGUCAAAAAGGCCUCUCGACCAGAUCUCAGCGGCCGCAUAGAGCUCCUCACCAACUCCCCCGACAGUGCAACCCUGCCUGAACUCGACCCCACUCCCCCUCCUCCCCAUGAUGGCUCGACCUCGACUUCUAGCUCGGGCUAUCUUUCCCCUCCCGCUCCUGCCCGCAGCCCUAGUCUGAACGAUCUGUCGCCUUCACCGUCCCCGUCAUCCACUGCCUUUACCGCCGCGGCCCCGUGCCAAAGCCCCAAAACUCACUCGGCUCGACACCAAAUUGAUACUUCCACCCCCAUCGAGCCUCCUCCCAAGCUCUCGCUUCACACCACGGCCGGCCUGGCGUCGCCAAAGCCGCCACUGUCCCCCUUCGCCCACUCAACCUCCGCCCGCCCCCAUCCCCGUCAUUCCUCGCCACUUCCCCCAGCUCGCCCAACUUUCCCCGGUCUCCUUCCCCUCGCUCAGCGAUACCUCCUACUCCAGGCACCGUUCGCCCCACGGCCACCGUUAAUUCCCCGAAUGAAUUUGAAGUUAGCACUAUUCUCCUGGGUUCAUUUCCCACAUGCUUUCUGUACUUACCUGCUCCCAGACGACGCCCGCUUGCAUUCCUCGCCUACAUAUGUGCACUGCAAGGCCGGCAAGUCGCGAUCGGUUACCAUGGUCAUGGCCUACCUAUUCAUGCGAACCAUUGGCCACUCUGGCGGGCGUAUGCAUUCUCUCUGGGCACCAAAUCCGUCGGCGCCCACACUGCCUCCCGACCAUAACAUGGACGGAACCACAUCAACGGCGUCUGUCUCGGGAGUCCCCGGCACAGCCAAACCUGCAAACGGCAACUUUGCACAGAUGGUGGGCGCGGUAAGAAAAGGAGGCCAAGUGCGCGAGUCGUUGCCUCCGACAUUCACCAUGCCCGUCUCGGAUCUUGAAACAGGCGAGCAGACAGAGAUUAGGGAUGCGAAGGUCGGUAUAGGCACGCUCGACGCGAAUCCACCCUUCAGCCCAGUCGCCGCGUAA